UGGCGUUCGGAAUAUUUCUGCUUCGCUCGUUGUAAGAACUGUUUGUGCUUUGCGGUUGUUCCAACUUACGAGUCACGUUUGACGAACACAAUCACUUUAAUACGAGAGCUGAGAGCGUUCGCCACACACGACACAUCACCAUGUUUCUAAGAAGUCUCCUUCAAGCGGCCACUUUACUACCUCUCCUCUACUCCACCACCUCCGCACAGAACGCCUGCAACAACUCACCGUCAUUAUGUAGGCGGGCAUACAACAACAUCACACAUCUCGGAGCCCACGAUUCACCCUUUCUUCGCAAUAAGGAGACGUCGUUCUCGACAUCCGGGAAUCAUUACUAUAAUACGACUGUACAGCUCGAUUCCGGUGUACGGUUACUUUCUGCGCAGGUACACGAAAAGCAAGCCAAUGGAACGAAAGAAUGGCAUCUUUGUCAUAGCAGCUGCAACUUGCUAGAUGCUGGGACCCUGGAGAGCUGGCUAUCAGAAAUCAAAACUUGGAUGGAUGCCAACACCAACGAUGUCGUUACAAUCCUGCUCGUAAACUCUGACAACGCCUCUCCCGCAGAUUUGGGUUCACAGUUCAGCGGAGCAGGCAUAGACAGAUAUGCAUACAAACCACCCUCGACCACCACCCUCCCACAAACCUGGCCUACCUUAGACAGUCUGAUUGGGAACAACACCCGCUUGAUGACUUUCGUUGCCUCCCUCAGUCAGCCAUCAACGCAGUAUCCAUACUUGAUGGACGAGUUCACGUUCAUCUUCGAGAAUGAAUACGAGAACACAAACCCGAGCAACUAUUCGUGCAAGCCAGACCGUCCCACAAGCCUCGGCACCACGUCCGCAGCCCUCUCCUCAGGUCGCAUGUUCCUCAUGAACCACUUCCUCUACCAAUCGCAAACUUUCAUCCAGUCGCCCAAUGAGACGUAUGCGAAUGUUACGAAUGCGCAGACUGGCUUCGGAAGCCUAGGAGAUUCGGUCAAGAACUGCACCAGUGUGUAUGCGAAGCCACCGACUUUCGUGCUUGUCGACUUCUUCAAUGUGGGUCCCGCCAUGGCGAGUGUGGAUGCGGCGAAUGGCGUUACGGGCGCGACGGGGAGGAAGAGUGUUAGUACAGCACCGUUAACGCAGGGAAGCGGCGCUGGUACGAGUGGAGUGGGGAAGAGAGAGGGGAGUACGUUGGCUGUUGUUAUUGCGGUGGUGGCGGCUGUUGCUUUGGGAUCAUAGGCACUUGCAGCAUCGGGUUUAAGAUUUUGAGUUUGGAAACUUUUGCAUUGCGAUGGCGUUUAGUUACUUACAGCGAUCACGGAAGGCAUGGCAUGGCAUGGCAUGGCUUGUGGGUUUGGGAAAAUGGUCCCGGCAUAUGGAAAGCAGGUCUUUGGGUUUGUUGCCAAAUAUGGACAAUAUAGUUACGUAGCAAGCUAAUACGAUUUAACGAGAGAUGGAGUCAUUUGUAAUUGUAUCUUGGUAUCCUACCUCGAGUUCAACUUCGAAUCUAUCGAC